AUGAGAAAUUACACAGAAGUAAGAGAAUUUAUUCUUCUUGGAUUGACAAAUGACCCACAGUGGCAGGUUGUAUUUUUCCUGUUUUUACUUGUUACCUACGUGCUAAGUGUGACUGGGAACCUGAUCAUUAUCAUUCUCACCCUUUCAGAUCCCCAUCUGCAGACUCCGAUGUAUUUCUUCCUUCGUAACUUCUCAUUCCUAGAAAUAUCAUUCACGUCUGCCUGCAUUCCCAGAUUCCUUGUCACUAUAGUGACGGGUAACAGAACCAUUUCCUAUAGUGGUUGUGUGGCUCAGUUAUUUUUUUUCUUCUUCUUGGGAGUGACAGAAUUUUAUCUUCUGGCCGCCAUGUCCUAUGACCGCUAUGUGGCCAUCUGCAAACCUCUGCAUUACACCACCAUCAUGAGCAGCAGAGUCUGUAUCCUUCUCGUCUUUAGCUCAUGGCUUGCAGGAUUCCUGAUCACCUUUCCACCAAUAACCCUGCUGCUGCAGUUGGAUUUCUGUGCCUCCAAUAUAAUUGACCAUUUUAUCUGUGACUCUUCUCCAAUUCUGCAGCUUUCUUGCACAAACACUCGCUUUCUAGAACUCAUGGCAUUUGUUUUAGCUGUGGUAACACUCAUGGUCACCUUAACACUGGUUAUUCUCUCCUACACAUACAUCAUCCGGACAAUUCUGAGAAUUCCUUCCACGAGUCAAAGGAAAAAAGCCUUUUCCACAUGUUCCUCCCACAUGAUAGUUGUCUCCCUCUCGUACGGUAGCUGCAUCUUCAUGUACAUUAAGCCUUCUGCAAGGGAAAGAGUUUCUUUAAGCAAAGGAGUAGCUGUGCUCCAUACCUCAGUGGCUCCUCUCUUGAAUCCUUUCAUAUAUACACUAAGAAAUCAGCAAGUGAAGCAAGCCUUCAUGACGUUGGUCCAGAGAAUGGUCUUGUCUUCAAAUAAAUGA